CGGAGAUCCGCUGCCAUCAUGGGGGAGUGGUCCUUCCUGUCGGAGAUGUUGGACAAGGUGGAAUCGCACUCGACGAUAUUUGGCAAGGUCUGGAUGAGCGUUCUUUUCGUCUUCAGGAUCUUCAUCCUGGCGGCCGGCGUGGAUAGAAUAUGGGGAGACGAACAAGCAAACAUGGACUGCAACACCAAAAGCCCCGGCUGCAAGAAUGCUUGCUACGAUGCGUCCUUCCCCAUAUCUCACACGCGCUUCUGGGUGCUCCAGAUCCUCACGGUCUCGACGCCCACGUUCAUCUAUCUGGGUCACGUCCUGCUUGUCAUCCGCAGAGAGAAUAAGCUUCGGCGACACCUGGAGCAAAAACGGGACCUGAUCAAGACGCUCAAGUCGCCCAAAUAUUCCGAUGAACACGGCAAGGUGAAGCUCAAAGGCUUCCUGUUGCUCAGCUACCUGAUGCAGCUUCUGUUCAAGAUCUUGCUGGAAGUGGCCUUCGUCGUGGGCCAGUACUUCAUCUACGGCUCCAUUCUCAUGCCGGAAAAGAUUACGUUCCGAGGCGGAAGCUGUAUAACCGACACCAACUGCUUCAUCAGCCGUCCCACUGAGAAAAACGUCUUCAUCGUCUUUAUGUUGGCCAUGGCGGUCUUCUCUGUCAUGCUCAACAUCACUGAAAUGUUCCAUCUGAUGAUCUUAAAGUUGAGGCAUCGCAAAAGGAGGGGCGCCGGCUCAUUUCUUUCCGAGUGAAUGGGCCACUGGGACAAGAAUGCCGGGCACACGGUUUCACUUGCGAACUUCCAGAAAUACGUUCCUUCUCUUCUGGCAGUGACACACAGUGUUCACUCGUUAUAUCAGCUAAGGGAUCAAAUAGACCAGGGGUUGUCCGAAUCUUUUCGUUUGAGGGCUGCCGACAGAAAAAUGCAAGGACGAAAGGCCCACUUGAAAAUUCGUCCACUUUUUAUAACGCGCUAAAGUCGGUCAAAAAAACAAUGUCAUAAAUUGUUUGAAAUGUCUCGGGUGGCCGACAGCCCUCGAUCUCACAGAGUAGAUCUAGCUCUGCAGUUGUUUGAUCUUCUCUACUCUACAUAUGCAAAUGAACUGCAAAUAAACUAAACUACAAUAUAAA